CCCACCUCUCCUGCCCACUGCACCACCGAGCAGAUGAGUCUGUGCAUUAUUUGUUCUGCUUUGUUUGCUCAGCUCUCCUCGGGUUUCCCAGCUCUUUUGCUCCACCCCACUGGGGAUCAGGAGACAGAAAGCCAUUAGUUGGCACUAAAACUAUUUCCCAGUGUGUGAACUGGGAGUAAAGUCCUGGAGGUGGACAAUGCGCCCAGCAUGGCUGUAGCGGCGGCAGCAGCGGGCACCAGGGUGCAGAGGAGCGGCUGGCUGGAAGUCCUGGUCAGGGAGCGCUGGCACAAAGUUGGGGUGAACUUAUCUGAGGAGUCCCUGGUGCUCAGCAGUGAGGACAUCAGCUCCAAUGGCAUCACCAAUGGUUCCUACAGAAGUCCCCAAGACCAGGAGCCUGGCAGCCCCAAGGGGGUCAGGACUGCACUCACUGAACUGCCAGAACAAGUGCCAGAGGCCAUUGCCAACAAGAAGAGGGCAGUCAAGGUGGUGAAGCAGGAGUUGGGGGGGCUGGGCAUCAGUAUCAAGGGGGGCAAGGAGAACAAGAUGCCCAUCCUCAUCAGUAAGAUCUUUAAGGGGCUGGCAGCGGACCAGACACAGUCCCUUUAUGUUGGAGAUGCCAUCUUAUCUGUCAAUGAGGUGGACCUGAGGGAUGCCACACACGAUGAGGCUGUGCAGGCUCUGAAGAAGGCUGGCAGGGAGGUGAUUCUGGAGGUAAAGUACAUGCGAGAGGCCACUCCUUACGUGAAGAAAGGAUCUCCAGUAUCAGAAAUCGGAUGGGAGACUCCUCCUCCUGAAUCCCCACGGCUGGGAAAUUCAUCAAAGUGUCCGCCAUCACCUAUUUCCCUGCCCAGUUAUGGAGACCGGAAAACCAUUCCACUCAAGAUGUGCUUUGUGACAAGGAACCUGACCAUUCCUGAUCCAGAGAGCAGACAUCUGGAGCUGCAUUCCCCUGAUGCCAAGCAUACAGUAGUGUUAAGAAGCAAAGAUCCAGCGACGGUGCAGACCUGGUUCAAUGCGAUCCACAGAGCAGUGAUGGAGCUGGUGGCCAAGGCAAUUACAGAAGUUAAAGAUCAGCUGGGCAAAAACGGGAUCUCUGGGAGCCAAGAAAUACGACAUAUGGGCUGGUUGGCGGAAAAGGUACCAGGAGAAAACGAGAAACACUGGAAGCCAGUCUUAAUUGUCAUCACAGAGAAAGAUCUCCUAAUGUAUGACAGCAUGCCCCGAAUGAAGGAAGCCUGGUACAGCCCUCUGCACAGCUACCCCCUCAUCGCAACCAGGUUAGUCCAUUCUGGGCCGGGGAAAAGUUCUGCACUACUAGGAACAGAAUUUUCUUUUGCCACAAGGACCGGUUCCAGGCAAGGGAUUGAAACCCAUUUGUUCAGAGUGGAAACCAGUAGAGACCUCUCAUUGUGGACAAGACAGAUCGUCCAGGGAUGUCACAACGCAGCAGAGUUCAUUAAGGAGAUCACCACCCCUUGUACUUACAAGAACCAAGAAUGUCGGCUGGUGAUAAAUUUCGAGCACGGAUUCUCCAUCACCACUCAGGCGCCAGAUGGUACUUUUACUAAGAUAUUAGCACAAUUUCCAUAUGAAAAACUAAAAAUGUCCUCAGAUGACGGAGUUAAAAUGCUGUUUUUAGAAUUUGGAGGCAAAGAUGGAGACAUACAGUUGGAUCUUCAGUGCUGUCCGAAGCCCAUCGUCUUCAUCAUUCAUUCCUUCCUCUCCGCUAAGAUCACCAGACUAGGAUUAGUGGCCUGAGGACAGUUUUGAGAACACUUCACUACAGAAGUAGACCUUCACCAGCGGACUACGGCUUCAUGGAAGACUAAUCAGAAGCUACUCUUUACGAUUUUGAAAGGUACUUGAUUUGAGAGAAUCCUGAAACCGAGGAGGAUACGAGUGAUCUGGGGCCCUCUAAAUCAGACGGAUCUAGAUUCUAAUAAUUUCUUGGAUGGGGAGGAACUCUACGGUCCGGGGUGUAGAUGAGGGCCACUGCUCCUUGUAAUAAUCCUAAUCAUUAGUGUCUAUCUGGAAUUUUGGAAUAAAUACUCUGAUUUACUAGUUGGACUACAGAAAACUGCCUGCAACAAAUAAACUACUGGACCGGGAGGACAGCCACGUAGAGGAAGGGACCUUAUUCUGAAGGACCUAUCUGAUCAGAAGGAUCUAGCGAUGCCACCACAAUAGAAGACCAACAAGACAAAAACAUGGCUGCUCUCUUACAGAAACAGCGCCCCGCUUCUGUUUACAGGCUGUGCCUUGUAUUGCAGCUCGGCUAUACUGUAAUACCACACACAGCCCAUAGCCAGAGGUGGCGCUGUUUCUGGAAGAAAGUGCAGUAAAUGUUCAAGAUGUCCUUAUUGCGAUGCCUCAAGAUGGAGCAGGUUUCACAUUAUUGUUACCCUGGCGGAAGCUUUCUCGCUCUUUGAUGUCAACUGCUAGCACUUUGUAUAAAUGGCCAAGAGAAGUGGAGCCAGGGUGCUGACAACUGCACAGAGGCUAGUUCUGGCUCAUGAAAGUUGUCACCAAGUCCAUUAAGAUUCUGGCCUGAGACACUAAAAUGAAUAUCUGCAGUACAUUAGCACUAACGAGUUCUUAUAGAAAAUAAUAUGACCUUCAAUUAGACACGGUAUAGUCAAUCCACGGGAAUUGCUCAAUAAAUUACGGUAAUUUAAAUCCCUUUAUUUCCUAUAGGCAUAAUAGAGGAACAUAACAGAUUUCAGUCAUCAUACACCACCUCUGCUGCUGGUUCUCUAGAUGUAUCAGGGUCUCUGCCAUGUGAGCGUGACCGCUAACUCCUCUAUGGUCAUGUGACAUGUCGGCUAACGGAAAAUCCUGACUACCGGUACUGACUUUUCUUCAUGUCACAGUGCCGCCAUUACAUUGCCAGCCAUAGUGCCACCAUAACAGUGUCAUACAAUAUAAUAUACUGAACAGAAAAGAAACCCACUGGGCCCUCACAUGCAAAAAA